AUGGCCGGUCUUUUGACCGUCGUAUCGGCCCAUUUCCAGCUCCAGUAUCCCCCUCCUCGUGGUGAAUUCGUCGAAGACCAGGAGCCUCAUUUCUGCGACGGUUACGUUGACGCCGUUUCAAAUCGCACGUCCUUCCCUACCUCUAAGGGUAUCAUCUCCCUUAACUCGGAGCACCCGCAGUGGACUCUGGGUGGUAUAAUUGCCACCGUGCAGGACCCGAACAAUUUCAACCUGUUCCACGACAGCAACGGUAACUUCCAGCAGUUCCUGCCGUUCUUCGAGACCACGGGCGAAGGCGCAUUCUGCAUCAACAUCGACCUUGCGUCCUCCGGCAUUAGCGGCGUAAAGGACGGUGCAAAUGUCACUCUCCAGCUGAUUUUUGACGGCGGUGAUGGCCAGCUCUACCAGUGUGCGGACCUUACUCUCUCGGACAGCGCUACAAUCCCGUCCUCUGUCGCCUGCAAGAACGCGACGAACUCGGUAGCGACGCCCGUAUCCACCACCGUCGAGGCCACGGCAACCUCGCCUUCGAGCUCUAGCCCGUCUUCCACUAGCACUUCCGCUGGCAGCAACGGCGCCCUCAGGAAUGUUGCCAUCGGUGCUUCGAGCCUCGCGAGUGUCGUUGCUGUUGUUGCCGCUUUGCUCUGA